CGUUAACGAAUAUUUCAUGAACGAUGCUUUAGUUUUAGCAUCACUUGACUUUUUUUAAUGACUUUAAACUUUUACUUAGACGACUUACUUUACAGUACUUUACUGACUUAGUCUUAGUGGACAGUGACUGACAGUCUAGCUAGACUAGACUCUAGCCUCUAGAUAUAUUCAAUAUUGUAGUCUAUAUACUAGAUUCUAUUUCUAUCUACUAAUCUAGUCUAGGUCUAGCUAGUCUAGAUUCCUAGAAAUAAGAAACAGUCAACAGUGAUUAAUAAUCUUACUUACUAUUGACUGAUAGUGAUUUUCACUUAAUAGACCCUUAUAAUUAAGUCUGUAAUGUUACUCAAGUCACUCACUCACUGUUACUGUUAUUCUGUAGUGUGACAUCUAAUUCUAUUAUAGAUUCAUCUAGAUCUACUAGAGUGUUGACAUGAAACAAUGAAUGUAGACGCUAGAUCUAAAAAGUUUUACAAUAAUUCCAUAUGAUUAGGCUUUACCCUUUAAAUUUUGUUAACAUGGGGUAAUAUGUAUCAUAAUCAUACUUGAUCAUGAUGAAAUUCCAUUUGGUCAUUAUGACUGUGAUCAAUGAAACGAAAAUUAGAAAAUUAAUUAUUGUCUCCUACUCUUAUCCAUAUUUGUACCCAACCCAUAUGGCUAUACCUCCUAUGGUUAUAUCAUUCGCUGGAAUGUUAAUGUAACCUAGACUAUUUUAGACAAAAGUCAUUACAAUUUUUGAAAGAAUUGGCAUACAGACAAAAAAAGACAUAAAUUUCACUGAGAAGUUCUCAGUCUGGCCCUUACAUAGCAAUUGAAAUUGGAACCAAAAAGAAAAAGUAUGGGUAGAAAAAAGAUUCAGAUUGCACGCAUCAAUGAUGAACGCAAUAGACAGGUCACAUUCACAAAAAGAAAAUUUGGUUUGAUGAAAAAGGCUUAUGAACUCAGUGUUUUAUGUGAUUGUGAAAUAGCCCUCAUAAUAUUUACUAGUAACAACAAGCUGUAUCAGUAUGCAAGUUCAGACAUGGACAAAGUACUCCUCAAAUAUACAGAGUACAAUGAUUCUGUAGUUAGUCAAACAAACAAGGACAUUGUUGAUAUGUUGACAAAGAAAGAAGGUAAAGGUGGUGAUAUGGAUGGUGAAGAUGAUGAAUAUCCUCUAUCUCCACGCACAGAUGAAAAUUAUCGUAAAAUAGAUGCAGACUUUGCAAAGGCAAUGACAGAUAGUGUAAAGCCGCAACAACUAUAUCCAGUACAAGUGUCUUCAAGCCAAUAUACAACAACCCAGGGAAGUAUGGGUGGAGGUUCAGUUAUAGUUUUACAUCCACCUCAGACAGUAACACGCUCUGUGCCAAGUCCUUCAGUUGUCCAACGUGUAAGCCCUGCCCCUGCGACGGCUACUUUAAUGUCUGCUGCUCAAAAUAAUCAAUCUGGUAGCAGUUCACAACCAGUACCUAUAGCCUUACACAGUGUUGCUGACUUUUCUACUUCUUUGGUAUCUGCUGGUCAAAAUCAGACAAUUACUGUGACUGCAGGAAAACGGCCUGGCUUAAAAGUUCUUAUACCUGAAAGAGCCCCCGCAAUAACACAGGCUCGAACAAUAGGCACAGCUUUAGAUACACCUAAUGUUUCCAUAGCAACUCCAAAUCAAGGAAAUCAAGGGACUAUCCAAGCUAUUUUAGCUGGAGAUCUUCUCAACAGUGCAGAUAUAACAGGUUUGUCACCAUUAGUGUACCAGUUAAGUGGUCAGGGUCCAGGUCCCCUUACGGCAGCCUUACAAGCUUCUGGUGUAACUUUUACUCCUGGGGGCUCUGUUUCCAUGUCAUCAACACCAAUAGCCAUCUCAUUACAUCACCAGAAAGGGAAUAUAAAACAAGAACCAGGCUCACCAAUGAAAACUGACCAUUCAGCCAUUGACUCCUCUGUCACCUCUCCACAUCAACGGCGAUCCGAAGAACCUAUGGAUAAAAGACCUCGUCUAGAUAAUGAUGGCUGAUAGUGUUAUUUAUUAAAUAGUUUAAUGUUCCACUUUUGUUGAAGCUUAAGUUUCAGUUAUCAAAGCACUAACCUAUUAUUUAUAUUUAUAUAUAGAUUACUCCAAAACAAAGUGUACCUUGUGAUUGUUAAAACAAACUACAGAAAAUAUGGUACAUUUUGUUUUUUACAUAAAUAGUGUCACUCUUUUGUAAAAGAGAUUUUAAUAAUUGUUUCAACUAUAGUUUAUCUCUAUCCUCUAUACCUGUUUUGAAUUAAUAAGAUCUGUAUUUUUUUAACUAUAAUAAACUGCUCAUACCUUAACAAAUUUGAUAAAACUUUUUCUGAUAAAGAUUAUUGUUUUAAAUUACAAAUUGAAAGAUCCUUCAAUAGCUUAAAAAGAAGAGACAACACUGUGAUAUUCUGCCGGUGACGUCAGUAUAGUAGGAAAUAUUGUUUGCUCCAAAAAGAAUGUAAAAUGAGUUGAAUGUACUUGCAAUGUUUAAAAAAAAAAUUUUCACAAAUGUUGUUCUAAAAUUAUUUUGUAAUUUUUUUUUAUUUCAGUAUAAUCUUAUGUAUUAUUAAGAUUUUUUUAGAAUAUAUUGUGAUAUUUGUGUCUGGAUAAACUGUUUGAGGUAAAAAGAAAUUAUUUGAUAGAAUGAAAAUAAGAAUUAAAAUAUUCUGACACAAGUAGUUCCUAUGGAUUGAACAGAUAUUAAAUUACAAAACAGGUAUCAUUUUUUGCUAGUAUGUCCAGAUUGAUGUAUUUGUAGUUGCUUUGAGUUGGUUUCUAUGUAACUUUUAGUUCAUUAUUGUUAAAGAAAGAAAUGUAUCUAGCUAAAGUGAAAUAAAAAGCCAAAACAACUUUCAGAGAAGCAAAAAUGGAUAGUUAUAUAAUCACCUAAAGUGAUUUUAUGGCUUUAAAAAAAGGAUCCAAUCAAAUAUAAAAAAUUACUUUAUUUAGAAGGACAUUUAGCCCUAUAAUUAAAUGUUGCUUUUUAAACUUUCAGUAUAAACCCCUUUCUUAAUCCACUUAUCUAUUACUUAUCAAUACUUAUCUUUUGUCAGAAUCAGUCACAGAUUAGGCUAAAUAUUCUAUUACAGAUAAUAUGGACUACAUUCAUCUUAAAAUGUUAAUAUGUCAGGUGUAAAUAGUGUUGUUGUUGUUUUUUCCAUUACUAAUAUGCAUAUAUUUUAUAUUCAUUCAUUUAUUGGCUUUAAUUCCAUGACUAACCCACUAAAGGGUUUCAGUUAUAUCUGAAGAAAAUAAUAUUAGUAGAAUUUUUGUAUUUCAAAUAUUAUCUGAAUGUUUGCAUUUGUUGUUUUAUGAAAACAAAAAAUUUGAUUUCAUUCACACUUCUGUUGCUUGCCCAAGAAGUAUGCAUGUAUUUUUAUUAUCUUUAAUAACUUUGAUCUGAAAAAUUUAAAACUUAGGUAAAAUUUAUUCCUUACAUUUGAAUGCCAUGUGGCUUUGGAGGAUAAAUAAAGACAUGAUUUUCAAUAUUUGUAUUUUAAUCAUAAGAACCACAGUGGAAAUCUCUUAUAUUAAUUAUGGGGACCAUAUUCUUUAGAAAUGAGAUGUUAAUAAUACUAAAAGCUUUUACUUUGAGUUAAAAUAUUAAGGAUGAGUGCAGUUUUUCAAGUGGCUAUAAAGACCCAGUUGCACCCUACAUAUUUUGCUGCUUCUGAAGUAGACAAAAAUAAAUGUUAUUGAAUCAUUAUAUCAAAUAGGAAUACAAUAUUUUUCAUUUCACCCCAGAAAUCAGGAUUCAAAUAUUUCUAUGCUAUUUGGCACUUAGGCCAAUAUUUUUAAAUGGAUAAAAUAAUGCUAAUUGUAUGAUAUGGGUUGUUUUCCUUUACACAUAUAUUUAUAUGCAUUUGUAUUUUGUAAAUCCAAUAUUAAGAUACAUCUAUAAUUUUUGUUUUGUCUAAUGUCAAUGAACAAAUUUUCUUAUGUUGUUGUUAAUUAACUAAUGAGUAUCAUGUUGAUUACAUUUUUUUUUUCAUAGUCAAUCUCAACAAAGUGAAGCACAUUGCACUAUUUCACCCCACACCUAUCAUAAUAUCUUACUGAAUAUAUAACAAAAUCUUCUGAUCUUAAAAUAAGAGAAGAGCAAUAGAGAACAAGAAUCAUAACAUCAAUAGCUUUUUUUAUUCACUGAUUUGAUUUGUUCAGUGGCACGCCAUAGCCUACCUAAUUCAAACUCUGAUUUAUCAAAGUACUGAGCUGAGAGUCCAUUUUAAAAAAAAGAACUUUGAGCACUGAAAAAUUAAGAUUUGAAUUAAAAUUUAAUUCCAUCAUUUCAAGGAUCUGAAACCUAGUCUGAGAUAGGCCAACAUUUUGAUCUAGUUCAAUUAGCUAUCAGGUAAUAGAAUAGAAAACUCACAUCAUUGAUGUCUUUUUUUCCCCCCUUUGUUAUGAUCACACAAACAAAUGUAGGACUAGUUCAAUACUAGAUAAUGAGAGAUGAGAAAGCUUUCAAAGGCCUUUCUUCAAAAUAUAGUUAUAUUUUGGUCUUGGAAUCACAUUUUUUUACUUGACAUUGAUUUGUUUCUUUAGUCCAACAUUGUGUUCUGGUUGAUGUACAACUAGAAACAAAAUGAACAAGCCUUUGUCAUGUUCUUACAAUACUUUGUAAAUAGUGUGUUGCACUGGUGUGUGUGUGUAUAUACAUUAGUUCUAUUAUCAAUACAUUCAAUGUAAAUAGACCUUUUAAAUAACAGCAAUAUGUUGUUUCUUGAUUUUUUUUUUCUUUUCCUUCAACUGCUGUGUCUUAUAGUUACGAUUGUUGAAAUAAAUGUUUAUUAUCAAUAUAACUAUAUUUACAAAUGUCUGUAUGAUGUUACAUAAUAUUGACCUGAAAUAUCAAAUGUUCUUAUUAAAAUAGUGUAGACUAUAAAUAAAUAAAUCAACCAAUCAA